AUGUGGGCAGAAUCCUUACGAAAUGUCCCUCUUGUGAGUCACGCUCCUCGCUCAUCCCCAGCCGAGUUCAGCGGCUCCAACCAACGGUUGUUGCGGGAACGGAAAACCUCGGCUCCUUCGCACUCCAGCCAGCCCACCCUCUUCACGUUCGAGUCGCCUUCCAAUCACAUCCGGAGCACCCUCUCCACCAGUGCCCCCCAAGACUAUCUCUUUCUACACCAGUGCAUGAGCCAGAAAUCGGAAAAUACAAGGAGCGCCAGCUUCUCGCAAGCCACCCGCUUCUUCAUGCGGAGCGACCCGUCGGUUCAGAAAUUGUCUCAGGAGAACGGGCAUUGCGUCAACGGGCUAGGCGGGCAGCUCCACGGUUUCUACAGCUUGCCCAAACCCAACCGGCACAACUCGGAGCUCCGGGACAGCGCUUACGACUUGCCCAGGAGCUUCGGCUGCUACGCCCACACCAAAGCCAGCCUCACCGGCUCGGAGACAUCGGAUAGCGAGGAGGUCUACACCUUCAAGACCCCCAACAGCACGCUUUGCAAAGAUUUCGGGGACCUUUCCACAGAUUCCUACGACGUGCCAGGCACCCCUCUGUCCAUUUACCAGAUCCCGAGGACCUUCACGCUGGACAAAAACCAUAAUGCCUUGGCGGUGGCUUCGAGCGACGCGGUGGCGACGCCUCCUCCCAGACCUCCCAAGCCGGGCCAGGCGGAAUCCCGCUGGGGCAGCCCCCAACAACGCCUGGUGGACAGCGAAGGCCUCAGCAUGAGUCCGACCGUCACCACCAUUCCCCGAAGGAACACCCUGCCGGCGGUGGAGAACUGCAGGUUACACCGAG